CAGGUGCAGCCCAUGCGUGCCGAUGUCAUCUCUCGUGUACGAAGACGAGCACUUCCCUCCCUCCCUCGCUCGCCUUCGCCUUCGCCUUCGCCUUGGCCUUCCGGGGGGCCUGCACUGGGACUACGGGCGAUUGUGGUUAGCUCAGCAGUCGUCUAUUUCCAGACGUGAGGACUGCAGCUCCGCGCAGGUACAACUACGCUUCGACGCUUCCAUCGGCCUUGGGCUUGGUUGAAUCCCACUGUACAUCUCACGUCGACGUCGAUGCGUCAAACUCACAGCCUAUUGCCGGACGCCCAUCACAUCCGUCCCAGCACUUGCCCAGACAUACACUCUCGCUUCUAACAGCCCACGGUCGCUUUCGAACUUCCAAUAUACAGCCUACGUUCGCUACUACAUCACUAGAGCCCGCCGCAGCGAAACGCCUUUACCUGCACAGCCGGCCGCGGAUCGAAUCCUUCCCCACUCUGGAGGAGUAGCACCUGUCUAUCUACUGUUCAGGCACCACACGACCACCAUCACUGUCAACAGGCCCAACAGCAUCAACCGUGUUUAGAACACACUUCGCUUGCUAGGUCCGGUGUCACUGUCUAUCAUCGCCACGGAUCAUUCCGCCAUGGCAGGCCAAGGUACUGGUCCAUCCAGGAGGAGCCAUACCAAGAGUCGAAAAGGCUGCAAGACCUGCAAGCGAAGACAUAUCAGAUGCGACGAAACUUUCCCGCAGUGGUGAGCGCAUCAAAAUGACGAGCAACGAU